GCAGGGCAGGAAGGAUCGCAGUUAGCAUACUUAGGUCUCGAUAUUUGCAAUGCUGUGUGCGCUAUUGUUUUACAUCCCUCUAGAUAUGCGCUAGCCAGUAAUAAUCAUCCCAUUGACGAGGCCUGCGACUCGCUGCAUCAGAAGUUUAGGGCUGAAACCGCGUAGGAGGAAAAGGGGUAGCUUCGGGCGGGGAGAGCCGAAGACCACAUCGCCGGCUUCCGGGGAACCAGGGCAGCAUCGAGAAACAGCCGACGGCGGUCUUCGGAAGGGCGAGCAUCAAUAUAGAAUUUGGAUAAACAACCACUACUGCAGUGGAACCCUAAACAUGUCAAGAAAGGUCCACAGAACCGAAGUAUGUGCCGACUGCAGUGCACCAGAUCCGGGCUGGACCAGCAUCAACAGGGGCGUUCUGAUCUGUGACGAGUGCUGCUCUGUGCACCGCAGCCUGGGACGCCACAUCUCCAUCGUCAAGCACCUGCGGCACAGCGGCUGGCCCCCUGCACUGCUGCAGAUGGUGCAGACCCUGGCCAGUAAUGGGGCUAACUCGAUUUGGGAGCACUCCCUGCUUGACCCAGCACAGGUGCAGAGCGGCCGCAGGAAACCCAACCCACAGGACAAAGUCCACCCCACCAAGUCCGAGUUCAUCCGCGCCAAGUACCAAAUGCUAUCCUUCGUCCACAAGCUGCCGUGCCGCGAUGACGAUGGUGUUACCACCAAGGACCUCAGUAAGCAACUGCACUCCAGUGUAAGGACGGGGAGUCUGGAGACAUGUCUACGGCUGCUGUCUCUGGGAGCACAGGCCAACUUCUUCCACCCGGAGAAGGGCACCACUCCACUCCACGUGGCAGCCAAGGCAGGCCAGGUUCUGCAGGCAGAGCUGCUGGUCGUGUACGGAGCUGACCCCGGAGCCCUGGACAUCAACGGACGCACACCCAUGGACUACGCCAGGCAAGCGGGCCAGGUGGAGCUGGCAGAGCGGCUGGUGGAGUGUCAGUACGAGCUCACAGACAGGCUGGCCUUCUACCUGUGUGGCCGACGCCCUGAUCACAAGAAUGGGCAUUAUAUCAUUCCUCAAAUGGCUGACAGAGCUCGCCCUAAGUGUCCGACACAGAGCCUGGACCUCUCAGAACUGGCCAAGGCAGCUAAGAAGAAGCUGCAAGCGCUGAACAAUCGAUUGUUUGAGGAGCUGGCCAUGGAUGUGUAUGACGAAGUGGACCGCAGGGAGAACGAUGCAGUGUGGCUGACGACUCAGAACCACAGUACUCUGGUGACGGAGCGCAGCGCGGUGCCCUUCCUGCCUGUUAACCCCGAAUACUCAGCCACACGCAACCAGGGUAGACAGAAGUUGGCCCGUUUUAACGCUCGUGAGUUCGCAACGCUGAUCAUCGACAUCCUGAGUGACGCCAAGAGGAGACAACAAGGGAAAGGCCUGAGCAGCCCUACUGACUCUAGUCUGGACCUGGGGGCCGAUGACGACCAGCAUGACUACGACAGCGUAGCGUCGGACGAGGACACGGACAGCGAGCUGACCACUCAGAACAACAACAACGCGCAGCGCAACAACCGGGCCAAGAGCAUGGACUCGUCAGACCUGUCGGACGGGCCCAUCACUCUGCAGGAGUACCUGGAGGUUAAGAAGGCCCUGGCCUCCUCCGAGGCUAAAGUCCAGCAGCUGAUGAAGGUCAACAACAACCUGAGUGAAGAGCUGCGCCGGCUGCAGAAAGAGAUCUUGCGGAUGCAGACGGAGAACAGUGCGUUGCGGGGGGGCCAGGUCGGAGGAGGAGGGGGAGCUGGCGGUUUGGGAGGCGGGGGAGGAGGCAGCCCGGCACAUUGGCCAGGGGGGGUGAGAGGCGGGGGAGGUAGGGGAGGGGACCACUCCAGCCUAGCCGUGUCCUCGGCUGUGCCCGCCCACCGGAGGGACAGACAGGCUUUCUCUAUGUACGAGCCGGGGGCCGCCACUCCCAAACCCCACUCCCCGGGCCUGGACUCCCUGACGGGCCGCCUGCAGCCUCUGCACCCCAGUGUGAGGAAGGGGGGUCCUGGUGGUCCAACGCCCUAUGGAGGGUCGCACCUCUCUGGCUCCAUGGAGAUGGGGAGAUACAUGGGCCCUAAAGGAGAGAAGCAUGGCAGUGGCACUGACGGUGACUAUGACAACACUCAGAUGUAUGAGCUGUCGCUAAGUAGGGGGCGCAGCAGUGAAGAGGAGGGACGGGGGGAUUCGGAGGAGUGGGGUGGGGGUGAAGGGGGUGAGCCGGACCCUACCCUGCCCUGCACCGAAGACGUCAUCCUUAAGACGGAGCAGGUGACCAAAAACAUCCAGGAGCUUCUGAGGGCCGCACAAGAGUUCAAGCACGACAGUUUUGUUCCAUGCUCUGAGAAGAUCCACUCUGCUGUCACUGAAAUGGCCUCUCUCUUUCCCAAGCGGCCUGCCCUCGACGCCGUGCACUGCUCCCUGCGCCUCCUGGCGUCCAGCGCCUCCCGCCUCCAGGUGGAGUGUCGCAAGGCGGCUCCCUCGGACCCGUCAGCGCCCGCCGUCGACUACCAGCUGCUCACCCAGCAGGUCAUCCAGUGCGCCUAUGACAUCGCCAAGGCCGCCAAGCAGCUGGUCACCAUCACCACCCGCGAGAAGAAACAGUGACUGGAGUAGAGAGGGGACGGACAGGGGAGUGGCGAGGGGGGGAGAGGGAAAUACCAGCCAACGGGAGAAGCUAUAUUGGCUGCAGACCGAAAAGAUCUGAGGAUGAAUACAGAUGACAUGAGAGGAAUUGAAGGUAGGGAAUGAAGAGCAGGGGAAGACCAGGUGGUGGUAAUAUAUGACAAUAGAACGAAGCUGAGAAAUGGCUGCAACUCUCGCUACUAUACCUGAGUGGACUGAGAGAGUGCAGUUCUGCGGGGGAGGGGACUCUGAAGAGGAGUGUGGACCAUUGAGACAGUAAUCGCAUGUGGGGGAUGGACACGGCACAGCACAACAGCGGCUCAGCUCUCAUCUCACUAUGAUCUCACUCUGUUGUUCCUUUUGGGGGGGGGGACCCUUAACUUCAACACCCCUCUCUGUGCAGCGCCUCAAACCCUCAUGAGACCAAGGUAGGCUGGGGCCAGUCAGUGUGGCCUACAAGGGGGCCAGGCCUUGGAAGAGAGAGACACACUGCUCUACCCCUCUGUCUCUCAAACACUGCCUCCUCUGUAGUCCCACGCUCUGCUAAGGAGGGCCCUUGCUACUCCCUCAGAACCCCUGGUACACUACAGCAUGUCUUGGCAUCGUGGACAAACGACUAGGUGAUGUUUUAUUAUUUUCAUGUAUUUUUUUUAAAUGUAUGCCAAUCUGUUGGUCUGUACCUCUGGGGACAAGAAUUACUGACUUAAGAAAAAAAACACUUACACUGGAAUUAUUGUGAUUAUUAUUAUGCCCAUUGUUUUGUAUUAUUAUUAUUAUUAUUAUUAUUAUGGUCAUGAAUUACAUUGUAUGUUUGCUUAUUUUAAGUUGUCUCAUGUAUGAUGGUUCCUGUUCAGAGGACCAGAGAGAGCUGUGAGAAUACUCUCUCGCCUUCUGUCUGACUGGGACUGGACACAUGCACGCGCACACACACUAACUUGUGAAAUGGUCCUCAAACACUCCUGGAGCAGUCCAAUUCCUCCCGGGUGACAUUUCAGUCAUUUUAUUUCUUCUGCCUGUCAUGUUCUAAUAUGUCAGUAGCCAAGGGGUUGAACAGAUGCCAAAGGGGUAUAAUCUGCUAUCAGUAGAAAAAGCCUUGGAAGCGGCAUGAUAUAUAUUAUUGCAGCCAUUGGCUGCUUCAGUCGCUAGACAAAGUUAAUCUCAAUGGCACUACAGUGGGAUCCAUACAGUUCACUCUUCAACAUAUGCCAACUUGAAGCAGACUAGCUAGAUAGUCAUUUUCACAAAACAUUUGUUCCCAAACUGCAGGUUUGUGGGGGCACUGAGGAAACUUUCCCUGUUUUUAUACUGUGCUGAACAAAUGAACGGUCACACUUAGCUGAGUGACACAGGCUGACCAAAGCACUCCACGUAUUUAGUUUGAUUUCUUACCUUCAAGGACUUCAGUGAUCGUCUGUCAGAUGGAUCUGGGUCAUGUUAAUUAGGAACUAAACGGAUGGAAAUGAACUGAAACAGGGAGGGACUACUUGGACCCACACAUGGCUUGUGUGAUCCUGGACACCUGGAAGCUCUUCCACCUCAGCUUGACCCAUGUUCACUUAUCCAAAGGGUCCCGUCGUUUGAAUAUCCGCCUGACUGUGCUCUCACGUGAUCGACAUUUAAUGAACCUGUAAGGGAUGAGAUCUUUUAUCUUUUCCCAGUCAAAUCAUGUCCAAAAGAUUGUCAAAUGUAACGUUCCAAUCAUGAUUGCCUUUGCACAUCUCCUGCUAGACUGGCUUAAUACGUAGUGAUGUUGUAGCUGUUUGGGUUCCUUCAGUUGAUUAUUUAUCGCCAGCUCUCACACACUGGGCCAGUAUAAAAUACUUUCUUCCCCAUUAAAAUGUCCUCCUUUUACCUCUCAGACAACCUGUUAUAGAAUAGAGGCUUAUAUAUAAACAUAUUUUCAUGCUAUUUUUUUAAGCUAUAUGUUCAUAUUGUGUUUGGGAGGUCAGAUCUCGUUACCCAUGGUGGGUUUCAGGUCUGAGGGGUAAGUGAAUAGAGUCUGAAGUCUGCCACUGGUUAGAACUAAACUCAUCUCAAGUCUGAGGGGAAAGGGCUGUUGCACAAUGCUACGCCUUUCCCCCUUCUUAAUAGACACUUUUUAGUAUAGGGUCCCUUUUUAGUGGGAAUGUUAGACGCACACAUGCAUCCUGCAUGCCAUGCACAGCGAACACACACACACUCAUGUUGUUCGGACAGUGGCACUGUGCCCCGUACUGUUUUCUGUGUAUCAUACACUUCACCUGGGAGAUUCUUUAAACACAGGCAAAAACUGUAAAAAGUAGAACAUUUUAAAAAAGGUCAAUCGUAAGCUGUACAUUUCUAAUAAACUAAAAAAACAAGUGAA